AUGUAUGUGAAAUGCUUUGAUACAGUAAUGUUUUACUAUGUGAUUUUAGUGUAUUUGGUAAAUGUCACUUUUUCACAUUUUUAAAUUUCCCGCCGUUCCAUUCCCAUACGUCCUGACGUCGCAGGGAACAGAACCCAGAAGACGGAUGCCGGCAUUGGCCGGAGGACAUUUCCGGGGACACUGCAGGAGGGACAUCGCGGGAGCGAAGGACAAGGUAAAUGAAGAAGAGAUCCCGGAGCAACGCUGCAGGGUAUUCCCGAGUGUAGCUUGGGGUUACCGCUUGUGCUACACUCGGGAAUACAUCCAGGGAGGU